ACUCAGUUCCUCGCUCGUCGCCUCGGCAAUCGCGUCUCUCCUGCUGCUACUCUACUGUGCUCCUACAUUUUUGGCCUUGACGUCGUGCCCGCAGAGUCGUGACUCCCCAUUCGCUCUAGUCAUGGUGGACAACGGCUGAAUACUUUUGCUUCACGCGCUGCUCGAUGCAGAAGACGGAAGGGGCAUCGUGAGGAGAACGUCUCGAACGUCAACAUUUGUGGACGGUGCUUUUUAUGUUCCAUCUGUGCUUCUGUGGAAUUGCGUCUUUGCAGAACCAGUCGUGGGGUCAGUGUUUCGGUGCUCUUGAUCAUACCCCUCUUUCUCGAUUGCACGUGAUCUUGAGUGUUGCUUCAGUGUAGUGAUCAGGCUAUUUGAUAAGAACGAGUUCAUCCGAGUGUCCAAACUGUUCUCGGAGGAGGAUUUCGCAGGGGGCCUUCCUUGACAACCUUCUCCGCAACAUGUGAUGCCUCUUUCGGUCCCGUGCAUCAAGUGCGAUAUUUUGUCCGUUAGACGCAAUCGCUCAUUCCUAGCCACACGUCCAGUCCUCUUAGUUUCCUUACCACACACAUCUACUACUUUCCUCAGACUAGAACAUACCAGAUGGUCAUCGUGACGCUCUUUUAAGAGACCAUCUCCAUCGCUUAAUUGUGCCUUUUAAUACGCAUACGCGGUUACAUCCGGAGGAGUUUCAAGGAUUCCUAGCCGUUGUUCUGGAUUUCAUUGGGUGAUCUGCAUAACGCAUCAAGGUCAUAUUCGCGGGGGACGUUAGUGUCCACGUUGCAGCCGUGUGCAUCAAGUAGAGUAUAUUAAUACAAAGUGAAUGUAGGCAAACGGUUGAUGAGACGUACGAGGCUAACAGGCGGGAGGCAUUUUCCGAGCUAGCUCGUAUUAUCUUGGAUGGAGUCGUCCAUGUAAUCUGGAAAUAUCGCUCUGGCGUGACUGGAACAUGCUACGCAUCGACCCUAUACCGUGCGAAGCAGCAAUAUCUAUGCUCAGCUAAGUUUAGCGCAGCUUGAUAAGGGUUGACGGGCGACAGCCAAGAGUAGCUAUUUUGCUCCAGAGGAUAGCACGUCUAUACUGUACGUGCGCCACGCCGAAUUUGCCGAGCAGAGCCCGCCCCGAUAACAUCCCAAACAGACGGCGCCGAAAAGUAGGCAACUUAUCCAGGUGACUUUCGGGGGUCAAGCGAGGUAAUAUUGGAAUUCCGACGCAACGGACUGCCCCCUGUUUUGAGAGAACAACAACCAAGUCUGUUUUGUGUUUUCCUUCUCUCUCAGUCGUGGGGGACGACUUUUUUUCAAAGACCACGCUCGGUUUUGUGCCCGUCUUUCCAUCGUUCCCCCGCGGUGUUCGAGCUUUCAGUCUUGACCAUCGGACCAACCUUGUCGGAUAGUGUUUCACUAACGGACAUCUGCGGCGAAUCGGGGAAAAAUUCGUUGUUGUUGCUUGCUCGUGACUAGCAUCCCACAGUCUGUGAUUCCCAAGAACACGUGAGUUAUCAAACCGGAGUUGUUCAUUCCGAAAGGAAAUGAACGAUGCGCACGCGGGAACCUCGUCUGAUUCAACUGUGUUGAUCAUCUGCUACAGUUUCGAUGCCGUCUGCAAUCUUGUCGACAGUUUCGAUGUCGGUCACCUACUGACAAGUAGCGGCAGCACUUCGGAUGUUUUGAUCUGUUGGCAGCAUUUUGUGCUUCUAGAGUGAUUCGGUGUUUUGGCUGUUUUCCGCCUCUCGCAGAGAUAUUCUCAGUUCUCUGUCGAGGUUCCGGCGGAAGUUACUCAACUGGAAGAAGUAGGGGUUCCGAGUGGGUCGCAUUCUCGAUACUUUAUCAACACGCUGAAAAGGUACUGAACGAAGCGAGCCCGACGACUCCCAAUAAUCACCGGACGAAGCACCGAUACACAGCUCUCUCAUAAACACAGCGGAUCUUACCCCUGGCAGACGCUGGACUCUACCAUAUAUACCUGCCUUCACGAACGCAACUUUGGACGCCUGGUGAGAGUUACCAAUACUGCGUUUGCGAAAAGCAGUAAAUGAACUUUCGGUGCAUUGCCCAAAUGGUGUUUGACCGGGUUGGAAGACCAUCCCAUUCUAGUCACUGGAGAAAGCUUUACUCCCGCGCUUUUAGUGUCAAGGUCAAGCUGCCACUUCAGUCUACGAGCGAGACGUGAGGGAUUGCUCCUAGGAUAUAAACUGUUCUUUUUUUUGUGUGUGUGCGUGACUUUUCAUUCGCGAUGUGGGGCUGCCUCGGAAAGUCUCGAAAACGUAAAAAGAUCACCAUAGUGCGGAGCCCAUCACCCGGAUGCCGCUGUACUUGCCACGGGGGCUCGCUCCAAACCAAGGUGAUAUCGUCCUGUGAGCCGAAGCAAGGCUAUGAGCUGAACCACAACGAAAACCGAGAAUACCGACCAUCCAGGCGAUCGAGUCCGGGAUCCAGAUCUCUCGAACGGAAGACAAGUCCGAAAAGAAGCCUCGAACGACAACCCAGUUUUAUCAUGGAUAUCACGUACGUGACAGAAAAGAUCAUUGUGGUGACGUUUCCCGAAAGUGGAAUCGAUUCCACGUACCGCAACAACCUAAAGGAAGUGACGCAUAUGCUGCGGACGAAACAUGGCAGCAAGUACAUGGUGUUCAACCUUUCUGAGAGGAGGCACGACCUGUCUAAGCUUAACAGUCAGGUGAUGGAGUUUGGCUGGCCUGCCCAUCUUUCACCUCCUCUGGAGCGGUUAUGCAGUAUCUGCAAGAGCCUCGACUCCUGGUUCCGCACGGAUUCACAGAACGUAGCCGUCUUACACUCCAAGGGCGACAAAGGCCGAAUCGGCGUUGUCCUGGCUGCAUAUCUUCAUUACACGAGCAUGUGUGCCAGUGAUGAUAAAGCCCUGGACCGGUUUACAAUGAAGCGUUUUUUCGACGACAAGCUAUACUAUACGAUGCAUCCAUCACAAAAAAGGUACAUCAACUAUUUCGCGGAGCUGCUGUCAGGGAACAUUAAGAUGAACAGCAGUGCUCCGUACCUGCAUCACCUCAUCCUCAAUGGGAUACCCAACUUCGACAACAAGGGAGGCUGUAAACCGUUCUUCAAAAUAUACCAAGGGAUGCAGCCCGUCUAUACUUCAGGAGUUUAUCUCGCAACGGACUCCUCUAAACGCGUCAUCGUGAGCAUGGAGCCCAGUUUGCAGCUCAGAGGAGACAUCCUCAUCAAGUGCUACCAUAAGAAACAGCGACCCGCAGGAAGAUCACCCAUCUUUCGCCUGCAGUUCCACACCUGCACUCUGGCCGGGGACCGAGUCACCUUCACCAAGACCGAUCUAGAUGACGCCUGCAUUGAUUCAAGGUUUCCCGAUGAUGGCAAAAUAGAGUUGCAGUUUUCGCAAAGGCCGGGCGACUACAGAGGAAACGGAUCGGUGAAUGACACUGCAAUGUCAGUCGACAGGGAUCCCUUGAUCAAGCAAAACUCGUACGAAAACUUUGACAUGGCAGCAGAUGACAGCCAAAGUGACAUUGACGACUUUCUGGAAUCUUUCCACGUACCAGUGUCGCACGCAGAGGGUCCCCUGGAUGGAAACCUUUACGCAACCAUCGCCAAGAAACGAGCUCCGGUCACAGAAUCAUGUCGUCAACCCCAGACGCUGCACGACAAUACGAGUGAUGUUGACGGCCCGCACACCAUCAGCAUGGACUCUGGAAUAUCCUCCUCUUCUGGGAUUCAGGUGGGAUAUGGGAACCCGAGUCCCAGCGGAGCUUCCAAUCCCGGUCAUCCCCAUCUGUCCAAUGGCACCACGAAUGGUCAUACCUCUCCUGGAACUGUUGAAGUCGAAGUCCACCACAGUCCGCGCCACAAUCCUGGGCACAAAAAUCCGACCAAGACAAAAAGUCGAGCUGUGCAACGUCUCAACUCUUCAGAACUGGAUGAUCUUCUUGAUGGCAUGUUGAGGGAGAUCCAGUCCAUCCCAGAUGUUCCAGUUUCAUCCCGCUAUGGGACACUACCGCGGAACUAUGGCUCUUCGCCAAGUUCAACUCCCUAUACGUACACAACACGAACGAGUGAGUACCCACGCUCUGGUGGCGGCCAGGUGACGACGGUUACUACGACUUAUCGUUGGCAAGAUGGCGAGGACGAAGUGGACACACCGUUUCACUCUCGAGAAGGAGCACAACCAUUCACGUACCUGGAUAGUGCCAGCCCCCCUCUACGAAGGAGGGCACACUCUGAGUCUGGUGUGGAACUAGAGGGUCUUGGAAGACACGACGAGGGACACUUGGGGACUUAUCGGCACUCUUCUGUCAGUCCAGAGACAAACGGAGGUGGUUCAUGGUUGCAGAAGCAGCAGCAGAAGCUACGUGCAAGGCGCGAGGGAUCGUGGGACGACCGACAGCGCCGGCUGAUCGCUGAACUGCGUACUACGACUGCCCAUCGCAGUCCAGAACCUCCAAUUGAUGUGACCGAUGGAAUCCUAGCUACUUCUGACCAUCCAUCAUCCAGAGAGCACUCGCCGCUGAAGACGCACAAUUAUUCAACACCAUUACACGUGCACACAUUGAGCACAUACACGCAAAGCAAACCUCCGGUGCAUCGCGGACUGAGCGCUCCAACUUCACCCAUCAUCCCUUCAAGAACAAGCAGCAAGGAUGUUACACUAAGAAGGUACCCGCAAUGGCAGCAGCAACCUGUUGGGUCAACCAUGCCUGUUGUUCGACAAAACUCUGACACAUCGUUUGACCGUGAGAGGCCAUUUGUAGCCGCUAAACGAUCCCACCAGCAGGCUAGGGAUGAGGUGUCCUCUGGAGGUACGUCACCCCAUCACAUCAUAGCAUCCUCCGUGGUCUACGGUUACCCGUACUGUCCCAAGAAAAAGGACGCCAAUGGUCUUGCCUCUGACAGUGAGCUUCUGGCAUUGUUGAAUGAUCCGUUGUUUCAAUGUGACACGCUGGACACGAAGCCGCCUGCUACGAAAGCUUUGAGCAAACUGGAUGCAGAAGCACCCAAACCUGAGGAGGUUACCCAGAGCCCAUCUCACAGCCCUCAGUACAUCGGACAUUCUCCGGUAGCACAAUCCACGCCAAACAGGCCUGAAGACACGACAGAUAACGCUGGUUUCUGGUCUCCAUCAGCGCAUGACGGGAUAAAUAGCCCUCCUGGAACAGGCGAUCGUCCGGCAACACCGGCAUUUCCCGUACCACCGCGGACGCCAUACAUGAAUCAUGAUUCUUUGAGUGGACUGCCACCCAAAAGUCCUACACUUUCUCGCAGGAGAGACCGCAGCCCAUCCCCGUCUACGCUGACUGCACUCCAGCAGAGUCUGCCAUCUUCAGCACCCAUGAGCCCCACUGGCCAAAGUUCUCCGUCGGUGUACUUUGGUCAAUCACAACGUUCGAGUAUGGUUUCCCUCUCUGAUCCAGGAGAGGUCAUCAGCCACCAUCCUGUGUUUGUAAAGGACACGUCGAAAUACUGGUACAAGCCCAACAUCAGCAGGGAAGAAGCUAUCAGCGUGCUGAAAAACAAGCCACCUGGAACAUUUAUCGUACGGGACAGUAACUCGUUCCCAGGUGCCUUUGGUCUCGCUGUCAAGGUGGCCACAUUACCAGCUAAUGUACAGCACAAAGCAGGCGACCCUUCGAGUGAACUGGUGCGACACUUUCUUAUUGAGCCAACAGCAAAGGGUGUGCGACUCAAGGGAUGUGCCAAUGAAUCUGUAUAUGGAAGCUUGUCCGCAUUAGUGUAUCAGCAUUCAAUCACGCCACUGGCUCUUCCUUGCCGACUGUUGUUGCCAGAAUCUGAACUUGGAGCAGACUCGAACAUCAGUGCGAGCACCACUGACAACAAGAGUGUCGCUUCGAGCCUUCUUCAGCAGGGUGCAGCAUGCAGCGUGCUCUACCUUUGCACGAUGGACAUGGAGUCGCUCACAGGCCCACAAGCAGUCCGUCGGGCCAUGUCAGAGCUCCUUGCUAUUCAGCCCGCACCUGUGCCUACUGUUGUCCACUUCAAGGUGUCUUCCAUGGGCAUUACGCUUACCGACAACAACAGAAAGUUGUUUUUCCGGAGGCAUUACGCGCUCAACGCGAUCAGCUACUGUGGAACAGACCCGGAAGACAGGCGUUGGACGCAGAAGAACGACGAUAGUGGUGUGACGGUCACUCUAAGGUGUUUUGGAUUUGUGGCUCGUAAGCCAGCCAGCCGUACGGACAACCAGUGCCACCUGUUUGCCGAGGUUGAUCCCGAGCAGCCGGCUUCAGCAAUCGUCAACUUUGUUGCCAAGGUGAUGGAUGCAGCGGGAAUGUCUGCAAAAGCUAGCAUGAUCUAGAUGCGCAUCUCAUCUUCAUUCUGUUCUUAAUUGUAACAUUCAAAGUCUUGGCAGUCUUGACGAAAAUCACUUUUAGAUUUACACAAUGCAAUACUGUUUGCAUUGAGAAUUUGCAUACUUUAGAGAUGAACAGCACAUUUCAUUUUUUCUGAAGAGAUUUUGAGUAUAUUGUUUAAAAAGUUUGCAUGGUCAAGUAACAUAGAUUAUAUUCCUAAUAUGAUAUGUGUGUGCCAGUUGAUACAUAUUACAUUUAUUUAUAAAAAAAAAAAAGAGAGCAUAACUUUGCGCAGAUUUUUACUUUAUCGCAUUUCCUUCGCCCCUGCCUUUUACCGAGUGACAUGACAAGGUUGUGCUUGUAUAGAGAGGAGAGUUCACAUGUUCUCUGUUUUGUGAAGGGGAAGAAAGACGAUAUUAAGCCCAUUAAUGUGUACAUGCAACUUCUUCAUAUAUGAUAAACUUGUGUUCCUUCUUCGGUUCCGACAGGGCUUCCGUGAAUGAACAAACAAUGUUUUAGGUUCUGUGGCCUACCUUGGAUUGCAGGACAGUAAUGCCCUCUCGUGGUGUUCUAGCAGCUCUAGUUUUGUAUUUACUGUGCGCGUGUGCACUCAAUCGUGAAUUUCUUUCGUUAUAGUGAGACAUAUAGAUAAUAUGAUUUUUUACAUUGAAAAAUGUACAACGAAGAGUAAUACAACAUAGAACAACUUUAUUACUUCUAGACAAGAAAUUGUAAUAUUCAGGGACGUAUCACCAAGAGCACUGUAUUUUCUAGCGUGCCACGAUUGUUAUCUAUCUCUAAAUCUGUGUCACAACUGAUGAGCAGAACGUCUGUCCAAAACGGAUUUACUGUAUGGAACAAAACUGUAUCUACUUUUUGUUAAUGCCUUUUAUGCCCGUUUUAUAAGUGAUUUUUUUUUUUUCAUAAAUGGCAUCAAUGAUUUAUUUUGCUGCAUCCACAUAAACUUACACAUGGAGCACUUUGUGAAACAUGCCCUGUGAAUGAAUAUUUAUAAAAAAGAGUAGUGGAAAUGGCACAUGUACGGUAUGUAGUCUCAGCCCGUGCAAACGCACUUUGCGCACACAUUAGAUGCUUUGGUAUGUAUAUGUAUGCUCUGCCUUAUCUAAUGUCUUCCGUCAAAGCGCACAUAAUUAGCAGUGCUGUUUCAGUGAUGCCAGAUAACAUGUUCCCUGUCUGCAUUUGCUUUCAGUGCCCCAGGUUCUUUCAAAUGUGGGUGAAGUUGCGUAGACAGCAUGUUUUGUUAUGAUCGCACUGAUCGCAUCAAAAAGUAUGUAAUUGUACAUACUGCCUCGUUACCUAGUGUAACAUUCGUGUAACCAUGCUUGCUGCGAGAAUAACAGUACCAAGUGCCAUGUUUUAUUAUACAUUGUAGUUGAAUCUUGUCUGUUGAUUUUAUUUUCCAGAAUAAAAUUAGCGGAGUCA